UGGAGGAUCGCAUACAUAGUCAAGUUCGGACCAAAAUUGAUAACAUCGACACAACACUGCAAAAGCACAUUUCAAAUAGAAGCACAAAACCACAGCUUGCAGAAGAAAGAAAAAAAGAAGAAGACGCUGAAAUGCGGUAUAAGAUGCGGCUACACUAGGUACAUGCCCAGGAACUAUCUGACGAGGCAUCGCUGCAAGUUUGCUUGCCAGCUCAACAAACGAAUCGUAUACCGCCACUUUGUCACCGUCCAAACAAUGCCAGCCUGGCUCACAGUUAGUCUCUUAGAUACCAAUAAAAGCAACAACAAGCCUCAAUACCGUACCAAUCACAUAGCAACAAACCCGAUCAUAUGCCGUAAAUCUUGCAUCUCGCAUUCGGAGCCAAGAUCUCCUAUAGAUCCAGAAUCAUAA